AUGCUUCGUGCUUCGUCUUGCCUAUCUCUCCUCGCACUCACAUCGCUCAUCUCCCUCAUCGAUGCUGCGACACUCUUCGCGGGCGGGACGGUUAUAGCGUGGGAUCAAUCGGCCCAGCGCCUCGACAUACUCCGCAACGGCUCUGUCUUGGUAGAGGACGAUUCUAUAACCACCGUUUUCUCGGGAUCUUAUAAUGGCACUUUACCGCAUGAUCUGGACGUCGUCGAUGCGACAAACGAUAUUAUAUCGACGGGCUUCAUAGACACGCAUCGGCAUAGCUGGCAGACUGCGUUCAAGACGCUGGGAUCUAAUACGACGUUGAUGAGGUACUUUGAGCGUUAUGGCACGAGUUCACCUGCCAGUAGGCUGUUUACGCCCGAGGAUGUGUAUAUUGGUCAGCUUGUUGGGAUGCUUGAGGCGUUGAACGGCGGCGUCACUACGAUUGUAGACUUUCCUCAUUGUGCAUGGUCGGCAGCACACUCCAAGGCUGCGCUGGACGCAAACAUUCGAGAGCGCUAUACAAACUUUACCUUUGAUGCCCAGGUAGAGCUUUUCCAGGAUUUAGUUGCCGACCAACGUUUCUCCAACUCGUCUACGCGGUUAGGAAUUUCCUACGAUGGUUUCAACACCGCCGAACAGAACCAAACACGUAAAAUCCUCGAUCUAGCACGCGAAUCCAACGUCUCAGUCGUCACCACCCACGCAAACGGCGGCGUCUACGGUGCCAAAAACUUCCCCUCUCUCCUGCACAACACCUUCUCCUUCCUCAACCAAUCCAUCCCCAUCAUCUUCGCCCACGCCAGCUACCACACCCCAACAGACGCCCAGCUACUCCGCCAACACAACCACUACAUCUCCACAACCCCAGAGUCUGAAAUGCACUAUGGCCACCUCCACCCAAACAGCCACCUAAUUCUCGACCAAUCCGCCCUAGGAAUCGACACGCACUUUACCUUUUCCUCUGACGUCCUAACGCAAGCGCGCCUGUGGCUACAAUCCAUCCGAAAAAUCUUCUACCGCGAAGUCAUCGACCGCCGCGAGCUUCCAGCGGAGAACCCCAUGUCAGCAACCCAAGCCUUCCUACUCGCCACACGCAACGGGGCGCUAGCACUGCGACGCUCAGACAUCGGUGUCUUGUGUGCUGGCGCAAAGGCGGAUUUACUGGUGUGGAAUGGGCGGGCGCCCAGUUUACUGGGUUGGACGGAUCCCGUGGCGGCGGUUGUGUUGCAUGCGAAUGUGGGGGAUAUCAAACAUGUCAUGGUUGGGGGCGAGUUUAGGAAGAAAGAUGGGGUGUUGACGGUGGACGGGUAUGAGAGGUUGCAGGAUAGGUUUUUGGAGAGUGCGAGGAGGAUACAGGGGAUUUGGAGGGAGAUGGAGUUGCCAGUUACGCUGGGGGAGGCGCAGAAUGGGGUGCAGUUUGAGACGCCGAUGAGGGCGGAUGUUGAGCAAGGGGAGGGAGAUGGGUAUGGGGAGCUUUUUAUUUGA